UUUCUUGGCAACUGCUGGAGCUAUCAUUGAUGUCAAGAAGGGGAAGAUCGAUCUGAACCUUGGUAAGGAUCUUAAGAUGACCUUUGACAUUAAAGAUGCAAUGAGGAAGCCUACUAUAGAAGGGCAACUCUUUUGGAUUGAAGAAAUGGAUCAGUUAGCUGAUGAGUUACUGGAAGAACUAGCAGAAGAAGAUCACCUUAAGAGUGCAUUAACCAAGAAUGGUGAAGAUGGGUUUUUACACUUGGAGACUUUGGGUUACCAGAAGCUGUUGGACUCACACAAAGCAAUAGAAGAGUCAGAAUCCUUUGAGGAAUUGAAUGGGUCAGCAACAGGGGUAAUGGCAGUGAAUGACGAGGACUCAACUCAGGCUCAACCUGCUCACUCGAGCACCUACUCGACUGAACACUCGCCCACAACAGUUGACAUCCCUGCGGAGCUGGUCAUUCCAACAUCAGACGACUGGUCUGAACUCAAGGCACCAAAAGUUGAACUUAAGCCGCUUCCCAAAGGGCUCAGGUAUGCAUUUCUAGGUAACAACUCUACAUAUCCUGUCAUUGUGAAUGAUGCAUUAACUGAUGAACAAGUGCAUCUUCUGUUAACUGAACUGAAAAAGUAUAGAAGAGCCAUUGGUUAUUCACUUGAUGAUAUAAAGGGCAUUUCACCUAGUUUAUGCACACAUCGCAUUCAUCUUGAAAAUGAAUCUUAUUCAAGCAUUGAACCCCAAAGAAGGUUGAAUCCUAACUUAAAAGAAGUUGUAAAGAAAGAGAUACUUAAACUAUUGGAAGCAGGUGUAAUUUACCCUAUCUCCGAUAGCACUUGGGUAUCUCCAGUUCAUUGUGUUCCAAAGAAAGGAGGUAUGACUGUUGUACAAGAUGAAGACCCAUAA